CUUGGCCGCAGAAGCGAGAUGACGAAGGGAAUGUCAUUGUUUGGAAAGCGUCGCAAUAAGACGCACACGUUGUGUUGCCGCCGUGGCUCUAAGGCCUACCACCUUCAGAAGUCGACCUGUGGCAAAUGUGGCUACGCUGCCAAGCGCAAGAGAAAGUAUAACCGGAGUGCCAAGGCUAAAAGACAAAAUACCACCGGAACUGGUGGAAUGAAGCACCUAAAAAUUGUAUACCACAGAUUCAGGCAUGGAUUCUGUGAAGGAACAAUACCUAAACCCAAGAGGGCAGCUGUUGCAGCAUCCAGUUCAUCUUAAGAAUGUCUAUGAUUAGUCAUGCAAUAAAUGUUCUGGUUUUAAAAAAUACAAAAAAAAAAAUACUGACUGUUUACUCCUGAAACUUAUGAUG